GUAAUAAGGCAUUGCGAGGACAAGCGAUGGAAGAGGAAGAUGAGGUUCAGAAUAGGGACCACGAUAAAGAGGACAAUGAUCCGGAUCUCACUCUCUAUCUGAUUCAUAGUGCACCAACCGUGAAUAGAUUUGAAUGUGAGUCGCAUGCCGAAUGGUGCCGCAUGGCCAGCAUAUUGGAGAACUUUGAUGCAAUUCAAGAUGAUGAGGCGUAUGCGGAAUUGAAAAUCUUUCUCGAUCUCUAUCCCUUCCUGAUUAACUGGCAGCAUGUGGUAGAGACGAGGAAGCAGAAGAACGAGGUCAGCAGGGAGCCUGUACGAAUACAUGAAGAGCCUGUCGUCCCCAAGAAGGAACAAAGGACGAUAUUUUUGAGCAAGAAGGAGCGCUGCAAAAACGAGGACAUCAUCAAAAGGAAGAAGAUAACGGAAAGUUGUUCCUACAUGCCUGAUAUCCAGGUUCCUCGUCGAGGCAAGGCCUCUAGAAACAUGAAGACCCUGCUGAGUUUUGCCGUAGAUGGAUGCCUCGACGUGAACAAGCGCCAAAAGAUAUGAGGAAGAGGAUAUACUAACUUGUAAAGUGCCAGAAGUUCUUUCAUCAAUAUGUUGUAACAUCCAUGAAGUACAAGUAGUAGAUGAUAAGCAAUACUUAGUGUAGUACAGGACAGUCCUCCUCCUCCUCUACUGUGUCAGAAGUGUCUGUGGACUAACUACAACAAGUGUUGAUUACGUAUUUCUUGUACUCUCGUCCCAGGGUAGUUUCAAACACUUUCCAUGAUGAUCUCAAGAAACUUCUGGCAGAAAGAUCUUUCACCUUCAUAGAAUUGCGUGGAUCUCCUGCUCUCACGUGGUUCUCGGCUCCAUAUUCGGCACGCGCGUGGUUUUUUGGUUGAUUGCGCGCAAUCAGCUGCUGUCGAUGCCUUAGUGGAAAAAUUUUAAGCUGCCCCAGAGAGAUGAACAGACACAAAGAAACUAAAAUACAAAGGGUAGGCUCUUCAUCUACCUGUUAACGUUAGUCGUCAAACAAAGAUGUUGAUGUUGUUGUUGAUCUUGAUGUUCUUGACUUGAUAUAAUGAGUUGUAAGUAUUUCUAAUAUUUGCACGAGAUCGAUGAGCAGAUAGAAACUUCAUCAACAAGAAGAUGUAUCUUACAAAUUUACGCAUACGCACCAUGCUCCUAUUUUUGUUCUCUUCUAAAAAUAGAAGCGUGCUUCGUCGUUGAAGAACAGGCCUUUGUUGGAUGUCCAGAACUGGAUCCAUAGGAAUAGGCACAUAUUCGAACACCCGAUGACAUCAAAUGAGUGCGCUCUUCGAGAUCGACAUCGACAUCUAAUCGAUGUUAUGUUAAGGCCCCGGGUUGCACUUGCGUCUCAGUUGCGAUUAGUCGUCACUUGAACAAGAGGUGGCUGCAUAUCAACGAUGAAGUUGGCUUCUCAAUGAUUCCGCAUCGAUCACCCUCGAGGAUGGCGUUCUUCUACAUUCUUCUAUUUGUGAAAAAUGGCUAAGGAGGGACGGCAGGAGAGGGGCUCAAGAAGAGGAAGAGCUUCAAACACGGGGGUGCGAGUGCGGUACCAUUCUAAUUGCGAUUGCCGCCCGGCCUAACUUUCCUCGUUCCUUAGAGGAGGAAGAGGUGGAUCGGAUAGCGAAAGGAGAAAGUGUAGAGACGGUGGUAUCGCCUCUAAACCUGGUCGAAGAUUUCGCUGAUUUUAUUCCACCGCUCGGGGAAGGGACUGAGCAGUCAUCUGCAUUCGAUCUUCCGAUACUAAUAAAGACGAGAAGCAGGCAAGUCCAAGAAGGUGAAGGUUCAUCUUUACCUUCUGCAACCAUCCAGAACGAGCGCAAGGACGCGGUGAACGAAAGGGCAACAGAGCCAGAUGAUGUGGAUGGUGAAGGCCGUCCACCAAAACCAUUCAAAAAUAAUGGCGAUUUUUGCGAUGCCUACAUAAGUCAAUAUACCGGAGAUGUUCGAUUUUUCACGCCGAAAUCUAUCAUUGCUUAAGCUGAAGGUGUUGUAUUAUAUACAUAUAAAUAUUUAUUACUCAGAAAUUGCAAGUUACAAGUAGGACCUCCACCACAUCAUGAAGAUAAUCGUCCCGCUUCCUCCUGGUGCUGCACAACUGCGUCGAUCCUUGUCUCUUUUUGUACCUGUCUAUCUGAAUAAAAAUGGCCUCCACCCGCUGCUCUCCGCUGCACAUUGCGCCAGUACUAGAGUAGCAAAAAAUGAAUCUUGACAUCUUCAUCUUUUUGUCAUUUUUCAGAAAACAAGCCAGAUCUAAUCCUUCAAAGUACACGACGAGAACAAGCGACUUGCGAUGGAACGCGGGUCGAAACUGGGUUUCAUCCCAUACUUAGCCCAAAUGGGUACCGUCUUCGGAGAGCAUGAGAAGGAGGCGAUCGAAGCUUGGAGAAAAUUGUCUGCAAUUCUAUUUAUGAUAUGCGUAUGACUUUCGGAUUCGGUUACACUUACAGUUGCUGCUUGAAUAAUAACUCCUCCAUGUACAUGUUCGUCUGGCUCUUGUUGUAUGUUAAUCCUCGUGUACAGUGAUCUUCAUCAUUCUUCAUACUGAACUAGUGGUCUUCAUGUUCAUCUUCUAGCUGUGAUGUUAUUAUAACGUAUCGUAAUAGACUUAGACGUUCAUCCCCCGCGCCGAAGUCCUAAAUGUCCAGUAUAGGGUCUAUGACAGUGGGAGAAACUGCCAACUAGUGCACGACUUUUGCCGAAGAUAUCCAGAAAUGGUAAAUUUUCAGAAUAACUACGCUUACGGUUUUGCGGACAUGCCACAGGGGUACGGGUACGGCGGAUAUGCGACCUUAAUGGCUUUCGUUAUGCAAGAUCUCGUGCUAGUAGUGAAAUUGAAAAUGACCAAGAAAUAGUAUUAAGAUCUUCUUCUCCAUGCGCUCCAGGAGCUCGCCAUUCCCUUUCCCAAUGAAUCUCGAUAAAAGUUGUAAGGUCGUACCUCAGUUUUGGACCUGGUGGUCUCCUCUGGUAAUGUGAGAAAAGGAGAGGGUAGAGGAACAGUGACCAGGGGAUUUUUGGUUGCUGCACCAGUCAGCAUCUCUAUCUCAUACAUUCUAAGUAUGCGGGCAUUGACUCGCCAGCUGCUGUCGCUAUGCGACUGCGGAAGGAAGCAAAGAAGAAUAGAGCCAACAACGCGAAAAGAGACAAAGCCUAUCGUUAUGGCUGUAGCUAAUUCAUCUCUGACUGCGUCCGUGGUGAGUGUGGGUAUGCGUGAGCAUUUCUCCUGCAGCUCCUGAGAGAUGAACUACGGAGAGCCCUAAUCUCGUUUGAGAUACAUACGAGCGAGUCAGAAAGCAGCAAGUGCAGCGAGACGGAGGUCUAGGAGGUUGGAAGAUAUCGCGAACGGUGGUGACGGCAAAGGGGAUUUCAAGGACAGCGAAACGGAAACGGACAGUGCGGAGAUUAAGGCAUUCACCUUGAAAAAAAGGCAUAAAUUCAUCUUGAAAAAGCUGCAUUCUGUUUGGGUUUGUGACACAAACAGCACGUUUAUUGUCUGCUUCAAGGGAUCAGUAGAAAGAUGAAUGGUUCCGGUAUUUGGUAACCUGAAUUUGAUCCUACGGGAAAACAAGAGGAGAACCCUUAGGAUCAAAUUCAGGCAACCAAAUACCAGAACCAUACAAAAGAACAAAAACAAGUAGAUUGAUCUAGAUGCGCUUCACCUUCUUCAGGAUGGAAUUGGAAACGCAAACGCAGCAAGUUAACAUGUCUAAGAAGGGCAGUCUUCCAUCCUCCACUUGGCACGACAGUAGCGAAGAAGAGAAAGAUGAAGAAUGUAGGAACGCCACUUCUGCAGAAAUACUUCUCAGAUACGGCGCUCGCGUCUACACGGUGCACGGCGGUAAAACUACCCUGGGAUGGUGGUCUGAAGAACGCUUGGGACGAUGGAUUCGGAUACAACAGGAGCAGGACACCAAAAGUGACGCGUUUCAUAAAUAUUAAGGGUUGAAGCAUAAUUUCAUUUAUUUUUACAAGCCUUCUUCACUUGAGAUUGCUACUAGAAAAUGAAUUUAUUUUGCUUCAACCGUUAAAAAUACAUGUUAGGUCGCGUCAAAAAGCCUAUACCUUAUCCCGAAGAAAGAGAGGGUCUCUGGGGAGCAGUAGUUGCACAGCGUCAAGAUGAGCCUCUGUCACGACAAGGACGAGUAGCAGAGAACGAUGAAAACUUCAACUUCUCAGGAACACAGGAUGAAUAUGAUGCCGAAAAUUUGAGCAUGACGACUGGAGAAUCUACUUCGUCAAGUACUAGAGCCCUUCCACCUCCAGGACACGAUAACCCUCUGAGACGUCAAGCAAUCGCGACCACAAGCGCAAGCGUUUCUUCUACUGGCAUAAAAAAAGCAACACGAAAAAGUGACGCUUUGGAGUAUGGUGCCGAGUAUCAAGAUGUGAGUAUUAGCAUUAGCUGGCCAUUCGCUGUAUACCGUAAAGCUUCGCUUCCACUAGAAACAACAUACGACAAAGACAAACUCGCUGGCGUACUAGAUAAAGCGACACGAUAUUUGUGUGGUGCAGGACUUGGAAGUGGUGUAUCUACAUCUUCAAGAACAUCUGGCACGACUACAAGUGCGGCACUUUCAUCUUCGUCUGCCUCUGAUCCUUCUUCUAGCAGUAGCACCAGUGCUUUUCUUGUAUCCAAAAAGAACAGCAGGAUCAUGACACGACAACAAACGCAAAGUCGUGAACGCGAGCCAUUUGUUCGCGAGCUAACACUACAGGCCCACGGAGCAGCGAUGGAACUUCGAUUUCCCCUCCUUGCAAAUCUAGUAACGAAGAUGAAUGAAGGAAAACUACAGCAGAACAAGAAUGCUUCUCAUAUGGUGAAGAUCAAGGCGAUUAAAACCAAGUUUCGCCCAGAUGAUCCUGAGAAUGUAAACGUAAACUUUGCCAUCCAAACUCUCCUCAAAAAAGAGAUGAAGAACAUGACCGAGCACGAAAUGAACGUCCAACUAGGACUUGAAUCGAAAUCCUGUCGUGCUAACAACAAGGAUCAGGCACAGCAAGAUCGUUCACAGCAAGAUCUUCAGAAUGAAGCUGCCAGCGGCCGCGCUCCGGCGUGGGUGUACCAGGCUAUCAGGAGUGGAGAAGCAAAAAAAGAUGAAAGUAGCAACCUGGCUUUCCGCUGGCAUGAUGGGCAACAACUGCAAAGCAAAGAUCCUCUCGUCCGAGAUCUUGGGCCAGAAGUUGUGAUUACCUUGGUGGCGGCGUAG